AUGAGAUAUUUUAGGUUAACUCUGAUUCACACAACAAGUUUCCAAAUAAAUCUCAUGACUUUUCACCUUUGCGAGCAGUUGCAAACCAACAAUCAACUAAUCCGUUGAACUUGACUGUGCCACAUUGUGCAAUACUCUUUCUAAUCGUCUCCAACUUAAAUUAAUAAGUUAACUAAAUCAAAAAAUGGAACAAGAUGAUAUGGAACUGCCAGAUGUUGAAGUCAUCUACUUGGAUGAUGGAGAAGAGCUGGAAAUCAUGGGUGGAUAUGAUGGUGAAGAGUUCGACGCGAGUGAGGGUGAAGAUGCGGAACUCGACGACAAUCGCUUUAUAGAAGAAAUUAAGGACAUAUCUAAAUUAACAUUUAAAUCCCACAAAAAGUCAGUGUUUGUUUGUGCACUAAGCACAGAUGAAAGCAUUGCCAUCACAGGAGGUGAAGAUGAUGUGGCUUAUCUAUGGACUGUUGCUAAUGGUGAAGUGAUUCUGGAAUGCACUGGGCAUAAAGAUUCAGUCACAGAAGUGGCUUUUAAUCAUGACAACACACUGGUAGCUACAGGUGACAUGGGUGGAUUAAUACAAGUUUGGUCUGUUAAAGACAAGAAAUUGAUUUGGUGUAUAGAAGGUGAUGAUACAGAAUGGAUACAAUGGCACCAUCUUUCCAAUAUUUUAUUAGUGGGUACUUCAUCUGGAGAUGUCUAUAUCUACCUGGUUCCAUCAGGAAAUUGCAAAGUUCUUCCAUCUUCAGGCUUUGCAGCUAACUGUGGCAAACUUCUCUCUGAUGGCAAACACAUCCUGGUUGGUUAUGCAAAUGGAACAUUGAAAUUGUGGGAUAUCAAGACUUCAACAGCCAAGUGGCAAUACACAGAUUCUAGUGAAACUUCAAUUAACUCCAUGCAGAUCAAUGCUGACAAUACACUAAUAACAGUUUGUCCUUCAGCACAAAUAAUUAAAGUAGCAGAUGGAAAAGUGCUCACAGCUUUGCUGUCAGAUGGCGAAACGGAAAUUGAGAGCUGUGAUUUUAGUGCUGAACUUGGUGUGGUAGCGACUGGUGCGCUGUCAGGUCAAAUAUGCGUUUGGGAGUUAGGAAAGUACGCGCUGCGACAUGAGGCCAAGAUUGAAUGUGCUGUCACUAAGAUGAAGUUUGGAAAAGAUGGCAAAUUAUUUAUCGCUGGAACUGACGGCGCUAUUUAUGUUUGUAACGCACGGACAGGUCUGCUGGCAGAGACACUAACCGGCCACGAGUCAGAAGUUUUAGAUUUUGCGGUCGGUUCAAGCGGUACAAUCGUAUUAAGCACGUCAGACGAUGGCACAGCUAGAAUAUUCGAUGUAAAACCUGAAUAAUACGACUGAAUUCCGAUGUCUUAAAAAAUACUUAACAUAAGCACGAUACAAAUAUGAAGAUAAUUACAUAUAAAUGUACAAUUAACUUUCGACUGAUCUAUUUCGUCUUUUUCGAUGUAUUUUGCUCGAUGUGUCGAUUUUACGCCCUACAUUUGACACAUAUACGUCAAUUUUGAUGAACAAAUAUUACACAUUUACUAGAAACGAUAAACUCAAUUGGAAUUAUUUGAUAUAAUCAUUGGCUCUUGUUGUUAUGUGUGACUAUGUGAGGCAGGGUGCAUCCGGCAAACUUAUUCAUAUAAAAUACGAUUGUGUCGUCGACUGUUUAUAUGUAUAUUGACGCUAUGUUAACAUUUAAGUCGGAUCGUUAUUAGGAGAGUUACUACUACAGUGUUCUCCUUAGCGCGACGCCAUUUUACAUAUGUAUAUCAUCCGUGUUAUAAGAGUGAUGAACUCUGCGUUUCGCAUUUGUUACGUUAAAAUAUUCUCGUUAAACCAAUAAAUUGAGUUUACAGAUA